GGAGUGUAUGCUGUGAGAGAUAAGAUAGUCUAUAAAAUUAGGGAGUACACCAAACUGCAAGAACAGACUCAUCUAUAAUUCUUGGUUUCUCAUUCAGAAGUUAGAACAAUUACAAUGGUGGUAAAGGUGUAUGGCCCCUCAUAUGCUUCUCCUAAACGAGUUCUAGUGUGUCUUGUUGAGAAGGAGAUUGAGUUUGAAACCAUCCCCAUUGAUCUUUUCAAGGGAGAACAUAAAGAUCCUGAAUUCCUCAAAUUACAACCCUUUGGAGCAGUUCCUGUUAUUCAAGAUGGGGAUUAUACUUUAUAUGAAUCACGGGCAAUUAUAAGAUACUACGCAGAAAAGUACAAGUCACAAGGGACUGAUUUGCUAGGAAAGACGAUUGAGGAAAGAGGCCUUGUGGAACAAUGGCUAGAGGUUGAAGCUCAAAACUACCACCCAUCAAUUGACAACUUGGUCAUUCACAUUUUGUUUGCCCCAGUCCAGGGUUUCCCUUCAGACCCAAAGAUAAUUCAAGAGAGUGAAGAGAAGUUAGGCAAGGUGUUGGAUGUUUAUGAGGAGAGGCUAUCAAAGAGCAAAUAUUUGGCUGGUGAUUUUUUCAGCCUUGCUGAUCUUAGCCACCUUCCAUUUACACAGUACUUGGUGGGUGCUGUAGGGAAAGACUACAUGAUAAAGAGCAGAAAGCAUGUCUCAGCUUGGUGGGAUGAUAUUAGCAACAGGCCAUCGUGGAAGAAGGUGCUCGAGUUCGGUGCCCCAUUUUAAGGCGUUAAUAUCCCUUUCACAUGAAAGAUUAUUUUAAGAAGAGUUUAUGUCCAUUCACAGAUUUACUGUACGUCUGUAUGCUUUAAAAUAAACGCAAUGUAACCUCUGGGAAUAAUGUGCUCUUUUCUUCGUAAUUGCUUGCACACUUGGCACGAAUAAACUUCUGUUGAGCAAGGAAUACCGAGACUCGUCACUUGUUUUUGAUUAGUCUUGACAGUUUCUCAUUCUGUUUUCAGUGGAUUGAAUAGGAUUG